GAAAUUUUAUUGUUGGGAAUAUUAAUAGUCUUCUUUUCUUCUUUUCCUUCAAACGUUAUCCUUUUCCUUCACAGAUGAAAGUCCUUAGUCAAUUAUUAGGAAGAUAUUCUAACUGUAAUAAGCCAUUGAUAUUAUUUCGUUUACCAGAUACAGAUACACUCUUUUAUAGACUAUCAGAUAUUGAACCUCUUUUCAAUCUUCCGUCUUUAUCUUUUAAAAAUGCUUCCUAUAAAGGCUGCUACAGAGAUCAUGAAGAUACUUAUUUAAAUACAACUGUAUUAUCUGAAAUAGCUAAACAACAUAAUCGACAUCUUUUAAUUGAACUUUGUAAAUUGAAGCCAGAUGAUUAUAAUGUUGGACUUGCAGAUGCCAUUCUUCAGACAUUUCCUCAAUUUAAAAGGGCUCCAAAAGAAGAGCAUAUUUGGGAAUCAGUUCAAUUACCACUCGAAAAUCUAGAAGACAUUAUUGAAAAUGAAAGUACAAUAAAGACUAUAAAAACCGAGCCAACAUCACCUCCAUUGAUAAAUCAAAUUAUACCAGAAACAAGAAAUGCUAUGGCAUUAGAUAAAGUUUUAUUGAACUCUAAUAAAUCGAGAAGACAAAGUAUAAAUGAGUCUGAUCGUCCAAAUAAUAAGCGCCAAAGAAUUGGAGCUGCAACUUCAUCCCCUUCUAAUGAGAUAUCUUCAACUACAUCAGGAACAUCAAAUCGAGAAAAAAGGCAGCAAUCUUUAUCAUCAAUAAAUAUAGGAACAAAUUUGAUUAAGCAGCCCCGAAAAGUACAGUCACAUCCUACCACCGAAAUAGAUAAAGUACAGCAGCAGACAUCCCUUCCUAAUGAUAAAAAGAAAUCAUCAAGCAAGCAUAAAAAUACACUUAAUUUAACAAUUUUUGCACCAUCCUAUCAUGAACAGUUAACAGGUAUACGAUCUGCACCGCUUAACUCAAAUUUUGGUAAAUCUAAUCCUCCACAGCCUCAAUAUAACAGGUCCAAUUAUGUAAACGGAUCUAUACCCUAUAAUGCCUCAAUUCCACCUGCAUCAGCUACCGUUAAUCGACCCUUUUAUGCACAUCCGCCUUCACUUAAAAAACAUGAAUUUGCUAUACCUCCAAUUGUACCAUCCCAGCAACAACCUCCUCAUUCUGCUCAUUCUACUACAAAUCGAGAAAAUAUGGCUUUUCAACAAUAUGGACAUUAUUAUAAACAACAUCCUCCAACCUCUGUCUAUAAUAAUCAUUCACAAAGACAGAGAACCCAUGAACAAAUUGCUGCAACAGCUGCUAAUGUGCCACUACCGCCCAAGACACCCACAACUAAUUCUUUUGCAGCACUUCAACGUCAGCAAUACCUACAGCCAUUUGAACACCUCUUCGACACUAUUGAGACGACACGUACAUUAAAAUCAACUUUGGAUGAUCAAAUUCGACGAUCAUCUACUUUAAUGCAGACUUUACAGGCCUCAGUAACUACUAUUGAAGGACUAGUAAGGAAUCAAGUAAAAGAAGCACAGUGGGAAAUUGUUUCACAAUUAGAACGAAAAAUAGAAGGCUUAUUGAAUCGUAUUGAAGUUAUUGAGAAUCGUUUUGCAAAGAAACAACAGUCAGAAAAUAAGGUUGAAACUAAGUUAAGUGAUCGUAGUAAUCAACACUCUAUUCCUUCACCAUUACCAAGUGCAACAAAGGAAGAAAGGACGGUAGCAGAAGAAUUAAUUGCUUUUUCAGAAAGAAGAAGAGAUAAUACAAUACAACAACAACAACAACAACAAUCAGAUGACUUACAAACACCUCCUACUAUUGUUAGAUCCCAGAAUGAUAUUGGUCCAAAAGAAUACCAAAGCAUGUUGAAUACUUUACGUGAUCGUCUUGAUCGUCUAGAAAGACAAAUUGAAGCAUAAUCAAACCAUUCUCUCUUUCUCUUUACUUGAUUAGAUUGCAUAUAAUGAGCUCACUUUAGAAUCUUUCUAAUAAAAAUUUUGUAUCUCUGCAUAAAGAAUAUUCUGAAGUAAUAAACUUUAACUCAUAAAUGGUCCUGUUUUAAUCAACGAAAAAGGCAAGG